AACCGGGACACCGAGUAGCGGGGAUGUGGCGGCGGCUACCACAUCCCCCGGCCAGCGCGGGGGAGCGGGGCGCGGGAACCGGGUGCGGGAACCCGGGCACCGAGAGGCGGAGGCGCGGCGGCGGCGGCGACCACACCCCCGGCCGGCUGGCCCCGGGGCUCCAGCCCAUCCCCGCGGCUGAGCAGGCUGACGCUCGCCCGAACCGGUCUCCGUCUGUCCUCCGAGCCCCCGCCCUUUUCUUCGAAAGUUCCCGCUGCCUCUCAGCGCCCUGCCCACUGCCCGCGCGUCCUCAUUCCGCUCUCCCAAGAGCCGCGUGCAGCGAAUUGCGUUCAGGCCUCGCUCCGCUGCGAACCUACCGUGUCUCCUCGGGCGCCCGCUCCGACCGCGAGGUGGUUUCCUCCUGGGCUCAGCGGUGAUAUGACUUCUGCACUAUCUCGCAGGGUUGCUCUCCGUUAUGAUGACGGACGUGAAAGAGUUUUGUCAAGUGUUAUGUGGUUUUUAUUCGAACAGCAUUCGUCCAGUCCAGUUCUGCCACUCUAAUCAUAACUAACAUUUUUUGAGGGCUUCCGUGCUAAGGGCUUUACGGGGACUGUCUCCUUUAAGUCUUAUACCCGUCCUUUAGGUAGGAGCUGUUCUAACUCUAUUUUAUAGGCGAGGAAACGUAAGGCCACAACUGGUCAGCAUCUUCGCUUUUAGAUACUCCUGUAUUGUACGCCUUCCCGUGGGUUAGAUACUCUGAAAUACACCAUAUUUUAAGGUUUGUUUUUGUACAUCCCAGGGAGCAGUGAUCACAUUGAAUUCUUUUCUGAGAGACUAAUGUGGAGCCUCCGGAUUUUGAUCGGAGAAAGUUAUCUUGGUUUUCAGACAGUAUUGAAAGACAGAGAAGGGUUCCAUGGGUUCAUUUUCUGUCCUGUCUUAAGGAGUGAACUUUCCCCUCUCAUCUCUGUUCAUUUCGGAGCUGGUGCACGUCAGUUUCAGGUUGUUUCCGCAAUAUCAGUGAAAGCAGAGCCUUUCACCUGUGGCCACGUGGCACUCAGCAUUGCAGGGGGCUGUUCCAGUUGUUAACCGGGUGCAAGGCAGUAAUUGACGGGGUGCAGCACAGGUGUGUCAUGAAUUCCGUGGACCUCAGUGGCUUUAGUUAUGAAGGGAGGAAGUUGCAUGAUCUUUGGGUUCCUCCCCAGACUGAGCUGUUCUGUUCAUCUGUGGAGUCUGCUAGCCAGGGCAUGUCACAGGGAACAGGACAGGCAAGGGCUUUGCCCCAUGAGCUGCUCUCCUUUGAGGGCUUGGUGACUUGUAGGCUGAGGGGGGCAUGUGAAGGCUGGAGAUGAAGUAGCAGACUGCUUUAUAGUUAAAAGAUGUGCCCUUUCAACUAUAGUCAGCACUCCUCAAGGGGAAGCUUAUGUUCUGGAAGUUUCUAUGAGUUAUUUUUUCAUUCAGUGAGCUUCCUACAUGGUUCCUGCCACACAAGACAACAAAUGUGUCGGUAGCAUGUUAGGCGGUUAUAUGAGGUAUGAAGGAAGAGGAAGCAGAACAAAGGAAGUAGGGAACGAAGAGAAGGGGUGGAGGAGGGUAAAUGUCACGUUAUCUUAGGCGGGGUAAUCGACUUCUGAAGGAAGUGAGGAUUGAGCUGCGGGCAGAUUCACAGGCGCCUGGUGGGGCUGUACCUGUGUGCCAGGGUCACCUGAUUUGUGAUCUUACAAAGAAAGGACCGUGGUACUUUGCUUGUUAAAGGGAGACUUGCUGUGCACAGCUUCACGUGUUGGCUUUGCAUAUCCAAACACCAGGAAUGGGUGGUAGACCCCUGGCUUUGAGAGCUGCAUCUGACCUAAUGUGGUCCCCUAACCAAAUCAGAAAAAGACUAAAUUAUAAAUUAAAAUAAAGGAAUUGGAUAUUUUCUCAAGUUUUGGAGGCCUGAAGAUCAUACUUUGUCCUUCUAGGGCUGGAGGCCGCCUGACAGCGAGACUGGGCGCCAGAAUCCUCGUCACACACCUCCAGCUCCCAGUGACCUUACCUCAGGCGCUCACCAGCCUCUCUGAACUUCUGCGUUCCCACCCCGCAGGGGGAUGGCAGCACCUGCUUCCUCAGGGUGGGCACUGAAGAGCGGAGGAGGUGACCGAAGCGCCUGGCACCCAACCAGGGCCCAGGACCACCACCUUCUCUGCGCCUUUGCCUGGACUUCCCCUCACAGUGACAGCCUUUGUGACAUCAGUGCCUCCUGGGAAUCCGCUUUCAGCAGUUGGCUCUGUGGAAGAGACAGACGUCAGUUUCCCAGUGGCUGUGUUCAAAACCACCCAAAGGUGGACCGGCUGGAAGUCGUGAACAAACAGUUUGUGGGUGUUAUUACUGCCCCUGGGACAUCGUCUGAGAAGUUUGUGUGGUUCAACAUCGGCAGCGUGCACACCUUCGAGCGCAACCUGGAGACCAUCCACUGGGAACUGGGCAUCGAGCUCCCGGAGCAGACGGCCGUGGUCUACACCACCGAGAGCGAUGGGUCUUUCUUGCGAAGCCUGGUGCCCACCUUUCUCCUGAUCGGAAUCCUCCUCUAUGUCGCAAGGAGGGGCCCGAUGGGGGCUGGGCAUGGCAGGAGAGGAGGGGGCCUCUUUACCGUUGGCGAGACCACAGCCAAGAUCAUGAAGAACAACGUCGGCGUGCGCUUUGCAGACGUGGCUGGUUGCGAAGAAGCCAAGUUGGAGAUCAUGGAGUUUGUGAAUUUCCUGAAGAAUCCCAAGCAGUAUCAGGACCUCGGGGCCAAAAUUCCAAACGGAGCCAUGCUCACUGGUCCUCCUGGUACCGGCAAAACGCUUCUCGCCAAGGCGACUGCAGGGGAGGCCAGCGUGCCCUUCAUCACCGUGAACGGGUCCGAGUUCCUGGGAAUGUUUGUUGGCGUCGGUCCAGCUCGGACCCUGCGUGGACUCCUGUUUCACGUCCGUGACGUGUAUGCAAUGGCCUGAAUAAAUGCUCCCUGUGUCUUGUUCGUUGAGGAGAUUGACGCGAUGGGCAGGAAUUGCGGCCGUGGGCACUUUGGGGGCCAGAGCGAGCAGGAGACCCUGAACCAGCUGCUCGUGGAGCUAGACGGGUUCAGCUCUACCACGAGCGUCAUGGUGCUGGCGGGCACCCACCGCCCCGACAUCCUUGACCUGGCCCUGACGCGGCCCGGCCGGUUUGACCGUCAGAUUUGCAUUGGCCCCCCUGACAUCAAAGGCAGGUCGUCCAUCUUCAGGGUCCACCUGCGUCCACUCAAGUUGGACGAGAGCCUCAGUGAGGACGCCCUGGCGAGGAAGCUUGCGGCCCUCACUCCAGGCUUCACAGGUGCUGAUAUUUCUAAUGUUUGCAACGAAGCGGCCCUGAUCGCCACCCGCCACCUGAGUCCUUUUGUCCAGGAGAAGCGCUUGGAGCAGGCGGUUGAGAGGGUCGUCGGAGGUCUCGAGAAGAAGACGCAGGUCCUACAGCCCAGCGAGAAGACGACGGUGGCCUACCGUGAGGCUGGCCAUGCGGUGGUGGGCUGGUUCCUGGAGCACGCAGACCCCCUGCUCAAGGUGUCCAUCAUCCCCCGGGGCAAGGGGCUCGGGUAUGCCCAGUGCCUGCCCAGGGAGCAGUACCUGUACACGCGGGAGCAGCUCUUCGACCGCAUGUGCGCCAUGCUGGGUGGCUGGGUGGCCGAGCAGCUGUUCUUCGGGCAGAUCACCACGGGGGCCCAGGACGACCUGAGGAAGGUCACCCAGAGUGCCUACGCCCAGAUUGUGCAGUUCGAGAUGAGCGAGAAGCUGGGCCAGGUGUCCUUCGACCUCCCCUGGCCUGGCAAGGCACUGGUGGAGAAGCCGUACAGCGAGGCCACGGCCCAGCUCAUCGACCAGGAGGCUCGGCGGCUGGUCAGCUCUGCGCACACGCACACCCUGGACCUGUUGACGCGCUCCCGGGAGCGGGUGGACGAGGUGGGCAGGCGGCUGCUGGGGAAGGAGGUGCUGGAGCGUGCCGCCAUGGUGGAGCUGCUUGGGCCCCGACCCUUGGCGGAGAAGACCGCCUACGAGGAGCUCGUGGAGGGCACCGGUGGCCUGGAGGACACGUCCCUUCCCCAGGGGCUGAAGGGCCGGUGCUGGGGGCCGGAGGAGGGCGGCACGGAGUGCCCCCUGCAGGAGAGCCCAGCCUAGCGCCCCUGCCUGGAGAGCAGCCUCCGGAAUCUCCAGAGAGCAAAUUAAAACGCGUGAUAAUCACAAAGGGGUGUUUUCAGGUCAGGGUCCUCUGAGCCCACGGGGAUUCCAGCUCCCAGAACGCGCCCUUCCACCGAGGCGGGGGCUGGGACCCUGUUCCCGAGUCAGAGGGGAGGGCAGUGGCCGAAACGCACCUGCCCCCUGGGGGCCUGCGUGUAGGACCCCCCGGGCCUCCCCCGAGGUGGGUGGUGGGCUCAUCUGCCGGGGAGAGCUGCCCAGCGCGGGGACAUCGGUGCUGGUCACCUCACCUGCCCUGGGGAGAGACGGGGCGGGGGCUUUUGGCCCAGUUCAGAAAUCCUCCAGGUCUGGUGAGGUUCGGAAUUGAGGAAAGGAGGACACUAGCCAGGCGCCCAGCACGCAGCUGUCAGGGUGCUGGAAGACCAGUCAGUCCUUACGGAGGGGCCUCGCCACUUCCACACGCGGGUGUCUGUGGGGGCUGAGCCUGAGGGCUGCCCCAGCGGAGCCACCCCUGUUCUCAGGGUCGGGGCCUUGCCAACCCUGCGUCUCCGGGAAGCUGUGUUCCUCGUGGCCCGUGUUGUUAGGGUCCAGGAGAGGGGGCUCUGGGUUGCUCCACGUGGUAGGACAGCCACCGGGGGCCGUAGCUAAGCUCUAGGGCUGAGCCUUCCAUUCCCCGGUUGGUCCUGGAGCGAGACCAGGGCCCAGCCCCGGGGAGUCGGGGUUAGUGGCAAUGGCCCCGCGGGUCCCCAGAACACGGCCAGCGCGUCAGAGUCGUCAGAAUUGUGACAGUAGCAGCAGCUGCUGCCUUGCGGUGGGUGAUGCGGGCUGACUGCGGGAGCAGGGGCACCGCCCCACGUGCCCGCCGCUGCUGUCCCAGCCAUGGCCACACGCUGGGCCUCAGGGAUGAAAUUUGCCGAAUCGUGUGCUAUGUUUGCCUCAAAAAUAGAGUGUCCAGCUUGGGACAAACACUUUCAA